AUGUCUACUGGGGACGAUCACGAGAUUGACCUCCUCCUACGAUGGUUCUCAGAGGGUCCUGGCUGCUGGAUGGACUUGUUCGAUCUCAGUACCUACUUCACACUCCAUGUUCCAAUGCAGGCACGCGAAAGCCCACUGCUCAAGUACGCCGCUGCUGCUUGUGCUGCUAAGUCUAUUGCACGUGUUCAAGGCUGUAAGCUUGUCACGGGAAGCAGCGCGACGCUUCAAGCUUGGAUGCAACAGCACCCGGACGCAUCAACAGCUGACUGGAAGCACAAGGCAGCGGUAUACUACGACACUGCUAUAUCGCUGCUGCUGCACGCUCUCCAAAUGGUCGUCGGCUCCUCUGCCGAUGGAUCGGACUGCGAACUAUGGCAGUCCGACCUGGUCUGCGACGAACCAGCGCUCAAGCGACGACGAACGUCAAACAACACUUCGUUGGUAUCAAGAACCGAUGAGCUGCUGACAGCUUCUGCCAUUAUCUGUGUCUACGAGUCCCUAGACACGUCUGUUCAGGAUUGGAGCAAGCAUCUCGCUGGGGCAAGGUCUCUCCUUGCGAAUCCACAAGAACAUGUCAUGCCAGUCCAAGGGCCAACGCCUCCAUCGUUUGUGCCAUCUGCAAGCUUCAGCUUCACCUCAAAAGCUCGACGAGCAGCUUUCUGGAACAUUGCCAGGCAGGAUAUGCUCGCAGCCUUCAUCGACAGGACAAGCACAAGGCUAGAUACUGAGGACCUCACAUUGUGGAGAGAAGCUGGCCUUGAGAUUGAUGAUCAAGGCUAUGUCAUGCCCGGUAACACAACAGCAUGCGGCUUGUCCAAGGGCAAUGACAGGACGAUGGCAGAAGACCUCAUCUGCAGCGCCCUUGUCUGGCUCAUGGCUAAGCUAGUCAACUUCAUGGCUGGAAGCGAUGAAGUGCUCGCCGAAGCCGGGAUGUCAUGGGCCGGCGUUCCUCAGCGAGCCCUCCUCGACCACUGGUUCAGUCUGCAAAGGCAGUUGCAGGUCUGGUACGACAACCUCCCAGUCACAUUCGAACCUUUUGCUAGGGCUCCUUCACAGGCACCUGGGCCCAUUUCCGCCAACGGUAAUGCGUCCAUGUUCACUGAGGUCUUGUACUCCAUGCCCAU